AUGAGUAGAACUCAAAGUUGUCAAAUGGUGCAAAGUAAUAAAUUAUUGGAACUAUUGAAAAAAAAGAAGAAAGCAGAGUCACAAAACCCAAGUCUGAGUCCGAGACAGCAAUUAUCACCUCCGAGAAUAGGCAGACUCAAAUCUCCAAAAUUAUUGGAUGUUUAGAAAAGUAUGCAAUCAGAGUCUUAUUUUGCCUUAGUUGUCUCAGCUGCAGUGAAACUAAAAGGGGUUUCCCACAUCAGAACCUUAAAUAGUGAUAGGGACAAUUAUGAACUGAUAAUUACACUGAUAACGUAGGAUAAAUAGUAUAUAUAGAUGUAAAAUAGGUAUAUCGUUCCCAUCGGUCUAGAUCAAACUACGACAGACUUGUAUUAGAAAUUGAUCACGAAGAUGAGCGUGUACGAUCCAUAGAAUUAUGAAAAGAUAGCAUAUUUUUAAAGCUACACCCAAAAUUACAAUGUGGAUUACUAUUUGUCAUUGGAUGAUAAGCCGUUGUCGGUGUUCAGCAAGGGGAGGACUCUGAAAUUGAUGCCAAUCUACUAUAGUGAAAGUAAGAGCAAUUCUUUUGAUGAUUUCAUUUUGAUAAAAUGUAUUGGCGUAGGGUAAAGAGUUAGAAUUUUUUAGAGGCUUUUCGAGAGUGUAUUUGGUGAAGCAGAAAAGGAAUGGACAAUUCUUUGCAAUGAAAAUUAUAGACAAAUCUUUCAUAAUAAAGAACAGCAAGGAGAGUAUGAUAAACAAUGAGAAGUGGAUAAUGAGUAAUCUGGAUAGUCAAUUCCUGACUAGGUUGCAUUGUUCAUUUGAAACUAAAUACUAUUUGGUUUUUGUGAUGGAGUAUAAUCGAGUGUAUAUAAUAUUUUAGUUAUUGUCAUGGAGGUGAAUUAUUCUUUCAUCUUCGAAAAAUGGGAACGUUGAAUGAAGAAGUUGCAAAACAAUACUUUGGACAAUUAUGUCUGGCAAUCCAUUAUCUCCAUGAAUAGAAUGUGAUCUAUAGAGAUUUGAAGCCAGAAAAUAUCUUACUGGAUAUAGAUGGCUAUAUUAAAUUGUCUGACUUCGGUCUCUCAAAACCGAACAUCUCCAGAGACAAGUAAACCUACUCCUUUUGUGGCUCUCCUGAAUACAUGUCGCCAGAGAUGGUAUCCAAAAGAGGACAUAGCCAAUUGCUAGACUGUUAUAGUUUAGGGGCUGUUUUGUAUGAGUUCAUAUAUGGGUAUCCCCCAUAUUAUGAUUAGUAAUUGCAAAACAUCCUAAAUUCGAUUCAAUAUGAUAAAUUGGAGUNUUAAUAUAUCAAAUAAUCAGAAUGUAAAAAUUAGAGAUUUGACAAUUUGUAAAAAUCAAGUCAAAAAAUACAUUAAUAAUAUACAUAUUGCAUUUUUUAUAUUUACAAAUUAAUGAGUAGAACUCAAAGUUGUCAAAUGGUGCAAAGUAAUAAAUUAUUGGAACUAUUGAAAAAAAAGAAGAAAGCAGAGUCACAAAACCCAAGUCUGAGUCCGAGACAGCAAUUAUCACCUCCGAGAAUAGGCAGACUCAAAUCUCCAAAAUUAUUGGAUGUUUAGAAAAGUAUGCAAUCAGAGUCUUAUUUUGCCUUAGUUGUCUCAGCUGCAGUGAAACUAAAAGGGGUUUCCCACAUCAGAACCUUAAAUAGUGAUAGGGACAAUUAUGAACUGAUAAUUACACUGAUAACGUAGGAUAAAUAGUAUAUAUAGAUGUAAAAUAGGUAUAUCGUUCCCAUCGGUCUAGAUCAAACUACGACAGACUUGUAUUAGAAAUUGAUCACGAAGAUGAGCGUGUACGAUCCAUAGAAUUAUGAAAAGAUAGCAUAUUUUUAAAGCUACACCCAAAAUUACAAUGUGGAUUACUAUUUGUCAUUGGAUGAUAAGCCGUUGUCGGUGUUCAGCAAGGGGAGGACUCUGAAAUUGAUGCCAAUCUACUAUAGUGAAAGUAAGAGCAAUUCUUUUGAUGAUUUCAUUUUGAUAAAAUGUAUUGGCGUAGGGUAAAGAGUUAGAAUUUUUUAGAGGCUUUUCGAGAGUGUAUUUGGUGAAGCAGAAAAGGAAUGGACAAUUCUUUGCAAUGAAAAUUAUAGACAAAUCUUUCAUAAUAAAGAACAGCAAGGAGAGUAUGAUAAACAAUGAGAAGUGGAUAAUGAGUAAUCUGGAUAGUCAAUUCCUGACUAGGUUGCAUUGUUCAUUUGAAACUAAAUACUAUUUGGUUUUUGUGAUGGAGUAUAAUCGAGUGUAUAUAAUAUUUUAGUUAUUGUCAUGGAGGUGAAUUAUUCUUUCAUCUUCGAAAAAUGGGAACGUUGAAUGAAGAAGUUGCAAAACAAUACUUUGGACAAUUAUGUCUGGCAAUCCAUUAUCUCCAUGAAUAGAAUGUGAUCUAUAGAGAUUUGAAGCCAGAAAAUAUCUUACUGGAUAUAGAUGGCUAUAUUAAAUUGUCUGACUUCGGUCUCUCAAAACCGAACAUCUCCAGAGACAAGUAAACCUACUCCUUUUGUGGCUCUCCUGAAUACAUGUCGCCAGAGAUGGUAUCCAAAAGAGGACAUAGCCAAUUGCUAGACUGUUAUAGUUUAGGGGCUGUUUUGUAUGAGUUCAUAUAUGGGUAUCCCCCAUAUUAUGAUUAGUAAUUGCAAAACAUCCUAAAUUCGAUUCAAUAUGAUAAAUUGGAGUUCCCUGAGCAUAUUAAAAUUAGUGAUCAACUCAAACAUCUGUUGUUCCACCUGCUGAACAAGGAUUAGAAUGAAAGACUGGGGAAAAUAAAUGGCAUCGAGGAUGUGCUCAAUCAUUAAUGGCUUAGCAAUUUCAAUUACACUGCACUCUAUAAAAAAUAGCUCAACAUUCAUUAUAGACCUUAGCCACUCCAAACGAAUUAUAAUGUGGCCGAAUUCAGUAAGGGCGAUCGGGAAUUUCAGUAAAAGCUGCAAGACAAUUUGCAUAGGGAGUAAAAAACCAAAUUUGAAAAAGAAUUCUAAAAUUUCGAUUUUGUUUCAGAUUAGCCUAAGAGUAAGAGGGAGUAAUUCGUUGAGAAGAUGAAGUAUGCUAGUUUGAGAUCUUCGAUUCGAACUAGUAUUAUAAGGAAUAAGAUCACGACUCUGUCUUUAAAUGGUAUGGAUUUGUGUAGGAUUAGAGUAGCUCCACAAGUGAGUGCAGUAUGUCCGAGAUUUCAGUCAGUAAAGAAUUCCCAAAUUUCAUAAUGUGCUUCCACUCAAUCUUUCAGGAACUCUUCAUCGAGCAAAAGAUUCAACACUGAGUACGACCUCUAGAAAUUACUUAAAUUUAAAUAAUGA